GUUAAUGAUGCAUUUCUAUUUAUGGGAAUUUAAUGUUCAAAUAUCUAUUAAACGCUGUAGGUGUGUUAAAAUUGUGAAUAUUUCGAAGUGAAAAUUUUGUUCUAUUUGGAUAUAAGCUACGGACGAAAUUGGAUAUAAAAAAUAUUUGUUCAAACUUCGAAUAUUUUGUCAGUAUAUUUUAAUUUACACCCAUGUUAAUAAUGUUUCCCUGCAUGAUUUCAACUGACUGUAUGCGAGUGUGGUUAUGAUAAGGUUAGAUAAUGUUCUUCCACGUCAGGUAGUAAUCUUAUCCCGCCGCAGCAGAAUGUUUCAACAACCUGGUUAUAUUGAGAAUGUGUCACUGGGACUGUCAGAGGUGCUUGCUGAUAUAGGAGUGAAUGAGAGAAUUGUUAAGAAAAGAAGAAGAACAUGGCUGCUAGCAGAAUCUAUGGAUAAAAAAUCAGCAAAACUAUAUGAUGUGAAUGGUUCGUCAUACUACCUUGGCAGUCAGUGUGAGGGAACAACUACACUGGGACUCGAGUCAGACACUGAUCAACUUGUCUGUCCUAACAUUUUUAAUGUGAUACAAGACUGGGCUGACUGGGAACCUGAUAAAAACAAUUACCUGAUGACCCAAGAUGAGUCUGUAUCAUCUGGUUAUUGUCGACUACAACGCCUGAGAAAUGAUGCUCCUCUUCCAUACAGCAAUGUACCUAAUGAACACCAUUUCAGAGACACAAUGGGAAGAAUAUUGCUAAAGAACACUGUAAUGUCAGCAAUAGCUGAUGUUUUUGAGAGAGGAGUAAAACAUGGUCCAGCAUAUGCCGAACAAGAACAACAUGGUGUUAGGGAUACUGACACUGUUCCUGCUUUAUCUUGUAAAUCAUGGCCUCUACAAGCUAGACAAUGGGUUGAACAGCAAGGUGUAGGUCUGUGGCCACCAGAUCACAUGAAGAGAUAUUGUAGCAGUACUGGAUGUUUUGUUGUUGGUGUUGGAAGCAAAGGCAGAGAAAAUGAAGAGCUUGAAUGGAGAAUAUCAACAUCUAUAGCUGAAAGGUGUUUAAUGUUCAAUCUAAAUAUCACCCAGAUUCGAUGUUACGUACUGACGAAGAUGAUGUUAAAAACAUUCAUCAAGCCACACUUUGACGACACUAUUUCAAGUUUCAUGUGUAAAACUGUUCUAUUCCAUUGUAUUGCAAAUACAGGUUUCAACAUUUGGAGAAAAAAUAAGUUACUUGUUUGUCUAUCAUUGUGUUUAUUUGUCCUGUACAAUGGUAUUUUAAAUGAAUAUUGUCCACAUUUUAUCAUACCUGGAAACAAUUUGAUGAGAAGACAUAUUCCUCAUGAAUCUAAACCUUACAUUCUUGAAAUACUGAGGUAUAUUAUAAACAGCAAAGGGAGAGCACUAUUGGAGACUGAUUGUGAUGAUCUUGGUGCAAGGCUUCAGCUGAAGUUGAGUAACUUGCUCUUUGGGUAUGAUUUAAAAAGAAGUGGCAUGAUUUCAGGACACUUAUUACUAUCAACUGCACAAUUCAUUGAUCUGAGAAUACAGGACUGUCUAACUGAAAUUACAUACGGUAGUUACAAAGAAACUGUACAGACAUUGCUGAAGGAUAUUUUCAAACUAGCCAUUAUUUAUGAUCAGUGCCAGGGACUGGAUAAAACAGCUUGCAGUCUUCUGGCUCCACAGUUCUGUACCACCCUUGGAUCUGUCCUGGGGUCCUGCAGUAUUCAACAGUACCAUGCUAUAUCAGCAGAAGCUCUCACCUGGAUCUCACUGGGUCUGAACACAGAUGUUGCAUCUAGUAAACUGAAGCUAGCCUCCAUGUUUUACUGUAUAGGGGAUACUCAAAGAGCAGAAAUUGUUCUCAGAGAUAUUGAAGGAAGCUAUGAUCUAAAUAUUGUAGAGCCUAUUUGUAAGUGUCAUAAUUUCAUCAAACAAGCCAGAAGAAAUGGAUUCUUCCCAAUAUGUGACAAUCAUAAUGAAGAAGCUAUACAGUACACUACAGCAUUCUGUGUCAGAUUUGUGCCAUGUGAAAUUAACUGUGUUCCACAUGAACUAAGACAUGAAAUGUUUAGAUCUACACAAGAGGACCUAGCUUUCAGAGGUAGACAUGACCAAUGGAUGGACUGGGCUAUGGUAGAUUCUCUCCCUUACCUCUACUUCCUACAAUACAAGACCUACAGCACUAUUCAGAGACAAGAAGAAAAGCAAAGAGCCCUUUCCAACCUUAUCAGAACCAUUGACCAGGAACCAAACCUUGGACACAGGGAAACAUCAUUGAAUCUACUGGGACAGUGUAUGGAACAAGAGGACCGAGCUAGAGAUGCUUUACAUUGUUAUUUGUUGUCCUUAAAUCUAAGGGAGAGAAACAAUGCUGCCAAGUUCCAUAUCUGUAGACUGCUGUCUACUCUGGCAAAUGACCAUUAGUUUAAUAUGAACAAUUAAGUUAUUUGACCAGUAAGUGAGAAUAUCAGUUCAUACAAUAUUUGAGCCAUGCCAUGAGGAAACCAACAUAGUGCAUUUGCGACCAGCGUGGAUCCAGACCAUGCUAUUCGCUUUCAAAGCCUAUUGGAAUUAGAGAAACUGUUAGCGAACAGCAUGGAUCCUGACCAGACUGCCCAGAUGCGCAAGCUGAUCUGGAUUCAUGCUGAUUGCAAACACACUAUGUUGAUUUUCUCAUGGCGCGACACAUUUAAGUAUACUGGUACAAGUGAUAUAUCCUACAGUUUUAAUGAAAUGACUGUGGCUCACUGUGUG